AUGACGCAGACCGACGAACGUACCGGUACGGACAUCGGGAAUCAAUCGAAGCCGGCGGCCUGUACGGAGGUCGUUCGCUCGUCUGGAGCUGGCCCGAGCUGCAAGCGAGCAUCGAUCAGACAGGCUGAUCAACCUGAAGCACCGACGAUGCAGGUAGCCGCCAAGCCGUUCGUUGCUGGAUCUGCAAUGCAUCCAGACUUUGCAGAGAGCUCGAUCCGACGUCUUUGUUUGUUAUGGAGAGGCCCAAGGAUUCCUACCUUUGAACUGCCGAGAAAAAGAAGCUUUCCGGACUUUGGGUCUAUUGCAGUAGUGUGCACAGGCCAAAAGCUUGGUAAUACUUACUUUUACUCCCGAGUCACUUUUCGCCUUUCGCCUAUCCUACCUGACCUUAGAACCAGCCCGAAAGCGGCAGGGACUCUCUCUCCACAUGCAUCCACGAUUGACUUGACUCGACUGCUUCUUUCUUUGUACCGGUCGUACAACAGUCGCAGUCGCACCUGCCAAAUCCCUCAUAGAGUACUAGUCCUACCCGCUUCUGGCUUGGCAAGCCUCUCUCUGCAUAAGUUGGCUUCUCGUCACUUGACCAUUUCUCUUGAGCUUUUCUUCUUCCUCCCUUCGUCAACUUCAACUUCAACUUCCACAUCAUCAUCACCUUCAACUUUCAACCUUCAAUCAUCAACCAUCAACCAUCACUGCAUCUUUGCAUCUUUGCUCCCGCCUAAUCUUCAUCUUGGGCCAAAACAUCUCUCAACCUUGCCGCUCUUCAGAAGUGUACGCAGCUUAGUCAACAUACAGUCUGCGAUGUCGUCUCCGCUGGUCGCGCGGGCAAACGAUGCCUUGAACGUCAACCCCAACAUUUUCCUCUACCCAGCGGCGUCUGACAUUAAUAUCACGACCCGCGGAUCCGAUGUCUACUGGGCGGUCUGUGCCGUAAUGGCUGCCUCCACAAUUGGCUUCAUGGGUGCCAGCUUCAUGGUUCCUCGCCAUAACCGCAUUUUCUACUACAUCACGGCUGGAAUCACGUUGGUUGCGUCGAUUGCCUACUUUACCAUGGCCGCCAACCUGGGCUAUGCUGCCAUCCCCGUCGAGUUUAUCCGAUCCGACCCCAAGGUCGCUGGUGUCUACCGUGAGAUCUUCUACGUCCGCUACAUCGACUGGGUCAUCACCACACCUCUCCUUCUCCUCGACGUACUGUUGACUGCCGGUCUGCCAUGGCCUACCAUUCUCUACACCCUUCUCAUCGACGAGGUGAUGAUCGUCACUGGUCUCGUUGGUGCUCUUGUUGCUUCUUCAUACAAGUGGGGCUACUUUGUCUUCGCCAUGGUUGCCUUGUUCUUCCUCGCCUAUCAAGUUCUCUACGUUGGCAAAAACCACGCCUAUGGCAUCAAUAGCUCCGUCGGCAGAACUUACAUGCUCUGCGGCGGAUGGACCAUGUUCCUCUGGUUCCUCUACCCAAUUGCUUGGGGUCUUUCUGAGGGCGGGAAUGUUAUUUCCGCUGACUCCGAGGCCGUCUUCUACAGCAUUCUCGAUGUCCUUGCCAAGCCAGUCUUCGGUCUGAUCCUGAUCCUGGGUCACCGCAAUAUUGAUCCAGCGAUCCUCGGUCUUCACAUUCGCGACUAUAACCAGCAACCACAGAGCGCCUACCUCAAUGCCAACCCCCAGUACGCACAAAAUCGUCGAGUUCCCGACCAGGAGAAGGAUUCUGCUGAUAACAACAACGCUGGUGUCCUGACUCACGAUUCCAGUAAGGUUGUCAACUUGAACGAAGCUGGUGGCAAUACCGGCAUCGCAGGUACUGGCACCCAUGGGCAAUCUGCCAUCCACCCCCGAAAUUAG